AGCUGCAGUUUAGGUCCCGCCGUCUCCGAGCUGGCAUCGCCCCCUCCCGGCUUGCCCAAGGUGUGGGGAGAGGGCCCCCGCCAAGGCGCGCAGGCGCACACGUCAACUCUGCUUGGCCGAUACUUGGCGAGGCGCCCGUCACGUGAGCCGCGCGCCAGCUCGGCCCCCUCUCCUCCGGCUGUGAAUGAAGCUCAGCCGGCUACGUGGGGCGCCAGCUCAACUUGGCGUUCUGGGCGCCAGUGCCAACUGAUCGCCCGGCCCGCCAGCCGCCGGCACGGGCUCCACCGCUCCGGAUCUCGGCGACAGAGCAAAUCAGUUUCCUGGACUGCCAAGUGAAGCCGUGCGGGCGCGCCUGAUAACGCCUGUGUAAGCUACCUCGCCUAAGUGAAGGAAACCCAGAAGUGGGGGGUAUAGAAGCCAGGUUGGGGCUUGAACGUCUGUCAUAAAGUAAGACCGCACCGCGGCUGUUCCAGCUAUAUCCCUUUAAAACAUCCCUGCAAAACUGGAGUGCUCUGGGAAACUCUGAGCCUGUGACCUCAACGUGGGAGUGGAUAGGAUCAGCAUGGCCAUGUGGCAGGAGAAAGAGCACACCAAACGUCCCUGUUGGGUGCAGCCAACAGUCCUUUCUUCUGGACUCAAGCUUGGCAGGCUGGUGUUGCCAGUAUUUGGAGGACCCAGAGCCAUGGAUAACAGAGGCUUUCAGCAGGGGUGUUUCAAUAGCUUCCAGAGCAGCUCCAGUGAUGAAGACUUGGUGGACAUACCAGGGACAGCUAUGAAUUUCUCCCUGAGAGAUGAUGUUCCUCCCUUAGAUGGAGAAAUAGAAGAGGACAAGUCAUACAAUGGUGGAGGAAUAGGUUCUUCAACUAGGAUGAUGGAUUUCUUGGAGGAGCCAAUCCCUGGUGUGGGGACCUAUGAUGAUUUCAAUACAAUUGAUUGGGUGAGAGAGAAGUCUCGAGACCGGGAUAGGCAUCGAGAGAUUACCAAUAAAAGCAAAGAAUCAACAUGGGCCUUAAUUCACAGUGUGAGUGAUGCUUUUUCUGGCUGGUUGUUGAUGCUACUUAUUGGACUUUUAUCAGGUUCCCUAGCUGGCUUGAUAGACAUAUCUGCUCAUUGGAUGACAGACUUAAAAGAAGGUAUAUGCACAGAAGGAUUGUGGUUUAACCAUGAACACUGUUGCUGGGACUCCGAUCAGGUCACCUUUGAAGAAAAAGACAAAUGCCCAAAGUGGAAUAGCUGGUCUCAGCUUCUCAUCAGCACAGAAGAGGGAGCCUUUGCUUACAUAGUCAAUUAUUUCAUGUAUGUCCUCUGGGCUCUACUGUUUGCCUUCCUUGCCGUAUCUCUUGUCAAGGUGUUUGCACCUUAUGCCUGUGGCUCCGGAAUCCCCGAGAUAAAAACUAUCUUGAGUGGUUUUAUUAUUAGGGGCUACUUGGGUAAGUGGACUCUGAUUAUCAAAACCAUCACGUUGGUGCUGGCAGUGUCUUCUGGCUUGAGCCUGGGCAAAGAGGGCCCUCUAGUGCAUGUGGCUUGCUGUUGUGGGAACAUCCUGUGCCACUGCUUCAACAAAUACAGGAAGAAUGAAGCUAAACGCAGAGAGGUCUUGUCAGCUGCAGCAGCAGCUGGCGUGUCUGUCGCCUUUGGGGCACCUAUUGGAGGAGUAUUAUUCAGCCUUGAAGAGGUCAGCUACUAUUUUCCCCUCAAAACACUGUGGCGUUCAUUCUUUGCUGCCUUGGUGGCAGCAUUUACCCUACGGUCCAUCAAUCCAUUUGGGAACAGCCGUCUGGUUCUAUUUUACGUGGAGUUUCACACCCCGUGGCAUCUCUUUGAGCUUGUGCCAUUCAUUCUGCUGGGAAUAUUUGGUGGUCUGUGGGGAGCUUUAUUUAUCCGCACAAACAUUGCCUGGUGUCGGAAGCGUAAGACCACCCAAUUGGGCAAGUAUCCUGUCAUCGAGGUACUUGUUGUGACAGCCAUCACUGCCAUCCUGGCUUUCCCCAACGAAUAUACCCGAAUGAGCACAAGUGAGCUAAUUUCUGAACUAUUUAAUGACUGUGGCCUUCUGGACUCUUCUAAGCUCUGUGAUUAUGAGAACCAUUUCAACUCAAGCAAGGGUGGUGACCUGCCUGACAGACCUGCUGGUGCGGGAGUCUACAGUGCCAUGUGGCAGCUGGCCUUGGCACUCAUCUUGAAAAUUGUCAUUACUAUAUUCACCUUUGGCAUGAAGAUCCCUUCUGGUCUCUUUAUCCCUAGCAUGGCCGUUGGUGCUAUAGCAGGUCGACUUUUAGGAGUAGGAAUGGAACAAAUGGCUUAUUACCACCAUGACUGGGCCAUCUUCAAUAGCUGGUGUAGCCAAGGAGCUGAUUGUAUCACUCCUGGCCUUUAUGCAAUGGUUGGGGCUGCAGCCUGCUUAGGUGGAGUGACUCGGAUGACUGUUUCUCUUGUUGUCAUAAUGUUUGAACUAACUGGUGGCUUGGAGUACAUUGUGCCUCUGAUGGCUGCGGCAAUGACAAGCAAAUGGGUGGCAGAUGCUCUUGGGCGGGAAGGCAUCUAUGAUGCCCACAUUCGUCUCAAUGGAUACCCCUUUCUUGAAGCUAAAGAAGAGUUUGCUCAUAAGACCCUGGCAAUGGAUGUGAUGAAGCCCCGAAGAAAUGAUCCUUUGUUGACUGUCCUUACUCAGGACAGCAUGACUGUGGAAGACGUAGAGACCAUAAUCAGUGAAACCACUUAUAGUGGCUUCCCAGUAGUGGUGUCCCGGGAGUCCCAAAGGCUUGUGGGUUUUGUCCUCCGAAGAGAUCUCAUUAUUUCAAUUGAAAAUGCUCGUAAAAAACAGGAUGGAGUUGUGAGCACGUCCAUCAUUUAUUUCACUGAGCAUUCUCCUCCAAUGCCACCAUACACUCCACCUACUCUAAAGCUUCGGAAUAUCCUGGAUCUCAGCCCCUUCACUGUGACUGACCUUACCCCCAUGGAGAUCGUUGUGGAUAUCUUCCGCAAGCUGGGACUGCGACAGUGCCUGGUUACACACAAUGGGCGAUUGCUUGGAAUCAUUACCAAGAAGGAUGUGUUAAAGCAUAUAGCACAGAUGGCGAACCAAGAUCCUGAGUCCAUUCUCUUCAACUAGAAUCACAGGGUGGUGCUGGAUUCAAAACAGAAAGGACAUUGCAGACCGUGGAUAUAUUUUGUUAACUGGGUACCCAAAACACAUUUCCCAUAUCUGGAUGGUGAAGUUAUAUUAGUGUGUUGUCUCUUUCCUACAAGUUAACCAGUUGCACUACAUAAUAAUUUCUGGAAGUUAAUCUCUUUAGGAGAAAAUGCAGUUAGGCUUCUGUGAUGUUGCAUUACAAAGAUUUCAUGAAAGAGUAAACAAGAUUGCUAUGGUUUAACUAUUUUUCUUUUUUUAAAGAUAUUUUUUUAAUUUAAAACAGCUGUUAGCCAAUAUGCAAUCACUGAAAACUAUGCAAGAAAAAUAUUGACCGUCCUAACUGAUAGCCUGCAGGAAACUCAUGAAAAAGUCACUUUUUUGGGACUCUAUCAUUGGUGGAAGAUGAAGUGUAAACUAAGGAGCUUUGCUUUUCCAACUACAGAGAAGAAAACCAGAAGGAAAAUAGUAAUGGCAUUUUCCAGACUGUGAAAAUUCAGUUCAAACAUUAUCUUGCUCCUGUUACAAUAUUUAGCAUUAUUAGUUUGUGUGUGUAUGUGUAUGUUAAUUUUAAUAUCUGAUUAUAAUACAAUGCUGCUUUGGUUAAUCUCCUCUAAGUGAAUUUAGAGAGGUUGAUUUUAAUGGCUUGCUUGUUCCUGGUACUCUUUUGAAGUGUGCAAAGAUAAGUUAUAGAGCUUUCUCCUUGUCUACUCUAAGAAGGGUAGUUUUCUAGGUGGUAUUUGUUUGCUAGUAGACAAGGACUUUACCGUGCAUUUAUUAGUAGCGAGGAAUGAUUUCUCCAGAUGAAUGAUUAGUGAAGUUCUAAGCAAAGUCAAUGACUAGGAACUUUAAAUUUUGUGAGGUUCCAGCUCAUCCUCUUACCCAGAUGCCACCUCCAUGAGUGAUGGUGCUUUAGGCUUCUGGAAUAUAUAAGGAUAAUAAAGGGAACCAAGUCUAGACUGCAUACUGGUAAACUAGGGAAGAUUCUGAACUGUAUCUACGUUCUCAUUCAUUCCUUCAUAAAGACCACCAGUACUAAAAUAACUGGACACCCAUGCCUCCUCCCAGUGUGAAGUAUGUAGGACAGGUCAGUAUUGUUCCUGUGAACAUGAAUUUAGGCUCGGGGUACUUUCAGAUAUAUUCAAGUCAUCGAAACAGAAUAGGCAGUUGUGACUCCCUUGCAGCUCCUUAGAAUUCUGAAUGAAAUGCAGAACCAUCCUAACACCCCAGGGUGUGGAUAAGGCCUGGUAACACCAAAGGUGCUUGCAUCUAAUUGAAAAGGUGCCUGUCUGAAUUUCCUACCACCUUAACUGCAGUAGAAAACAUCACAGUCUAGAGACACCUGGUGGAAUUACAGAGCCACCACCAUCAUUCCGAUCACUGUUUCACUUUCUACAGUUUAUCCACGUGUAGUUGUUCCCCCUCAAUUCUUUGCCCCUUCCCACUCCUCAGUCCCAAGUUAAUCAUUCCUAUUACGAAAAUAAUUCCCAGGGCUAGUUAAAUUAUAAACCAAGCCUCAGUAAUCUUUUUGGCAUGUGGACCAGAGAUAACCUACAACCAUGGCUCUGUUCUAUAACCCAGUCACUGCUACCAUGCCUCAAUUUCCACACCGAUGCCCACAGCAGUGAGACUUAACUGCCAGGGGUGAAAGUUCAGCCUUUUGCAUUUUACAAGUCUGUUCCCCAGCCCUUCUCUCCAUCCUUCUAACCUGGAAUCAGCAGUCACUCAGCAGAUCCUUCCCAGCCCUCCACCUCUCUUCCCCAAACACUUCAUACCUCAUUUUAAAGCUGCUGAUCCCAGAGUCUAAGCUUUUUUUUUUUUAAACCCUUAGUUCUUAUCUUUCCCAAAUCUGAAAUUGUUAUUACCCAGAACUAGGUAGUCAAGGCUGAUUUUUACUUUUAUCUUUAAAAUAUCAAAGCAGUCCCAAGUUUUUUAUUUUUAUUUUAAGUAUAUCACUCUAGCAUUUUAAUGAAAAAGAAAAACACUCUAGGGUAUAUUUUAUGGUAGUCAUAACUCAGCAACUUUACAUCUUUUGUCACUUACAUGUUACUGAUUCCCUUGCAUGAGAUGUGGCUAUUUUGCCUGACUACUCUGGUACAUUGUGUAGAAAUUGAAGUUCUUAUCUGUAAAUUAUCUGGAUCAUUACUUACCUUAUUAGCUGCCCAACUAAAGUUUGCAAAACAGGAAAUGGUAGUUUUUCUGGUAUUUGAUGACAAUGAGAGAUUUGGUUGCAUUUCGUAGUGCAGCAGCGAGAUGGAGGGAUUUCUAAGUUUGCCUUUGUGUUUCUUCUAGGCUCUGUUUAUAAUUUUAGACAGAUGAGCCAGUGUUAAGGUGCUACUUCAGAGACUAAAUUCAAGAAAUCAGAUAACACUGUGCCAAGGUAAACUUUCUAGAUGCUAAGAACCGAUUGGCCCUCCGGAGAAUAAUAUUCCUUUGAUACCUCACUCCUGAUAAGUUUCAUCCAUUAACCUCAGCUUCUCAGGAAUCCAUGUAACUCAUAUGCUAGACGUAGCUAUAGUGUAUGGUAUGCAUUAUAUGUCAAAUCCUAUGGUUUGGCUCAAAGGUUGGCUAAUUGCAGCUGGAGUUCCCUGCUAGACUGCUAACUCAGUACCUCACCACUCAAAAGUUUCUUGUCUUGAGGCAAAGGAAAAUGUUCUUUCUGACAUUGCUAAUUCAGCAGUUGGACAACUUAGCCAACAAACAGAGCUGAAUUAGGGAGGUCUGUCAGAUGUCCAUAGACCUCAAUGACAAAAGGCAAGAUGAUCUGUGAUUUAAAAAUGAAUGAGUUUAAACUAGUCUAGUUUGGUAUUAACAAAAGGAAAUUGCCUGACACAAGGGAAGGAUUUACAAAGAAAUGCCAAUAAGUACUUCAGGAUUUUCCAAGGAAUAAUAUCCAGUCAUGAAAGGAGCGAGAGUGUAUAGAUUUAUAAAAGUCUGCUAUAUUUUGUAUCUUUAAUGUAAAAAAAUUAAUGAACCUCAAGCACUUAAUGGAUGAUUAGUUAUACCAUUAGAGGGAAGAAUUAGGGGACUGAAAACACAAAAUAACAGGCCACUCUCAAGAUCAUUUGUAUUUAGAAGUUUGUUCAGAUACUUUGCUCUUUUCUGGCUCUGGCCUCCUUCUGGCUCAGCCCAGCUAUGGAGCAGAGGUGGACUAGUCCAUAGAACAGAUAUCCUCUGGUGUAUAAUCUGACACCGACAAUACUUUGGAUUUGCCAGCUGGCAGAAUAAAUUAUUUAUUAAUUUGCUGAUUUAACUGCAAAGCACUUCAAUUGUUUUGGUACCAAAGGCUGAAUCUGAACGCUUUACAGAAAGAACAGAGUACAGUAAAAUUUCUGUAGCCAGCCUUCAAUUGUAUUUAAACAUGAGAAUGAUAAAGUAAUGGUCUAAGGCUGCGAAAUAAUUCUCAAUCAUGUUAAGAACCUGUUCAGGGGUGGGGGAAGAAAAUAUGUUAUAAAAAAACCUUAGCAUAUAAUAGAGUCCAUCAUGGAACAUAAUUGUCGCUCUAUGUUUUAAGUAUUUAAAUUACCUGUCCCAUUGAGUUUUGAUCUUGGUUUGUUUUGUUGGGUGAUAAGGAGGAAAGUGUACUUGUUACCCUGCAGUAUCUUUUUAAAAUCAUAGGAGUGCAAUUUUUGAAGCUGAGUUUUUAAUGAUUGUGAAGACAAUAUAGAGAAUUUGAAACAACCAGUGUGUUUUAUAUUGCCAAAGUACUUACUGAUGACUGACCACAUUGUACUGUGAAGAAUCGACUUACCUGCAUUGGAUCAGAGCCAAAUACAUGCAAUCCAUCAGUUCAGAGAAAGCAGGAGAGCAUCUGCCAUGGCAGUGCACAGAGUAUUGAGCUCUUAAAAACCCUGAGAAAGAUUAGGAAUUUAGAAAGUAAAGGGGAGGUUGACUAUUGAGUCCUUUAAAAAUAUAGAUGUCUAUAUAUGUACUCUGAAUAUCUUAAAAGCUUGAUUUAAAAAACAAAAACAAAAUAUUGAGAUUGCCUGGAUUCCCUUUGGAGAGGGAAUGGAGAGUUAUGGCAGUGGAAAAACCCUAGAAAGAAAAGAAUAUGGUUUAUAUAAGAUGGUGGAAGGAAGGCCAGCCACACAUCUUGGCAUUUAUAAACUGCUUGAUCAUGUGCUCCAAGGGGGGGUGGGGAGUCAAAUAGUCUCCCAAAGACCAAGCCUUCCAAGCAAAAGUAUUUAGCUAAAGUGAGUCUAUUUUUAUGGAGAGGGCUGACAUAAGACAAGACAUCUGCUCUUGAAGGUGGGGAGCCACUACUGCCGUUGCUUAAAUGAUAAACGUUAGGGAGAUUGUCUUGAAUUUUGAUAACAAAAUAUUUUAAAAUCUAUAUUUUUAGCCUCCCCAGCAUGUACUUAUUUACAUUAGAAAGAAAAAGGUGAGGGUUUCUCAGAUCAGAGCUCAGGGAGCUGUGUAAAUUUGAUAGGAAAUCCGUGUACUAUACCUGUGGCAACCAUAGGACUUUUGCUCUGCUUCAAUUUCAAUUGUUUGCUCCGAGGAGAGAAGUUCUUGGAAUAGCAGGUGUUAGAAAAUUCAGGUUAUUCCCCAAACAUUUGCUUGCCAGGGUCUCAUUUCAUAACAUCUGGUCCUGGGUAAAGUUUUCAAGUGAUGUAGGGAACAAAAUUGGUUUUUCCACUGUGUUAUCUGGUUUUGCCAGAUCACGAAAGAAAGAAAGAAAGAAAGAAAGAAAGAAAGAAAGAAAGAAAGAAAGAAAGAAAGAAAGAAAGAAAGAAAGAAGAAAGAAAGAAAGAAAGAGAAAGAAAGAAAAGAAAGAAAAGAAAAGAAAAGAAAAGAAAAGAAAAGAAAAGAAAAGAAAAGAAAAGAAAGAAUUAAGUCGAUGUGCAGAGUUUGCGUUUCUUGCAUGGGGCUUAUUGGGUCAUUCAGCCCAACCCUGCAGUCAUAAAUUCCUACCUCUAUGUUCCUGCCAAAGGGUCUUCAGCUUCUGUUUGCACACUCAUUGAAUGAAUGCCUUGCUUAAAGAAAGGCAUGUGAUACUACAAAAUUAUAAGGAUUUCAAAAAGUGAUCUUUGCCUCUCUCUCUUCCUUUUAUCCCAUCCUCUCCCCUGACUCUGUCUCUCUCUUUCUCUCCUUCCUCCCUUAAGUUCAAAACUUUCUCAGCUGUUACAAGCAUAUUGUUUCAAAUGUGGACCUUGGAGAAAGGAGAGGAUCAUUCUGAAAACAGAGAAUAGAAGAUAAUUCUGAGUUGAUGGGGCCAAUGGAACUUUGCUCCACUGCAUGGGCAAAAGCGAGUGGUAUUUAUUGGGAGUGUCAAGGGUUUUAGCGUCCUGAAGGCAGAAAUAUGAAGUGUUCAUUGAUAAACUUUAUUAUUAUGUACUAGUCCAAAUCUUUUGAAAGUCAGAAGCAGUGUAGGAUUUGGUAAGUGAAAUGCCACCUGGCAAAAUGGAGACAAGGGAGUGGCCUGAGAUGGUUUUAUCAAGGCAGGAAUCUUCAGCCUCAUUGUUAUACUUAGUGUACCUCAAAAUAUAUUGACAUUUAAGAGUGUUCCUUUUCCCUCCUCCAUUUUACUUUAUCCCUUAUCCAUCUUUUCUCUCCUGUUGUCCUUUUUAGUACUAGCUUUUUAAACAAGUAUUUAGUUUUUAUUAUAUAUUUGGUCCUUUGGGACUAUGUAAUGAUUAAGAAUUAAUUUCAUUCUAGAUAAACAAUGAUGUGCUUAAUAUUUUGUUCUUUUCAACUGUCUUUUGAAGCUAUGCUGCUAACCAGGUACAGACCAGAAAGGAGUUGAGCCUGAUAGACAGCACCCAGGUCAUAUAACUUAAGGAUGACAUUGAUGUCAUGUUGGUGACUCUUCUUCAUUUGACCAAGGCCAACAUCAUGCUCUUACCUCUAUCCAUUCAUCUCUGGCUAUGGGAGAAACACUAUCCUUUGGGUGAGCCAAUGAGGCCAGGAGGAUCAGAGGGUUCUAGCCCAUGGGCAACUAUAGGAAUAUCUCUGUGAUAAGCUCAUUCAUAGGACCGGCUCCAGCUAUGGUAGCCAAAGAAAAUCUGUCUAACUAAACAUUUUAGUUCAUAAGAGUUGGUAGAAGUUUAGCUGAAGCUAGUGUAUAGACAUCAACUACAACCAAAGCUAAUAUAGCCUGAGUUUCCACAGGAAGCUGAACUGUUCAGAGUGUUUAUUUAUCUGAAUGUUGCCAAUCCGUAUAGUCACGCUUUCUUAUUGUAGCUUUAUUCUAACUUUUAGAGAUGUUGGUCCCUGUUCAUAGGUACAGCCUGUACCAAAGCUGUGAGUCACUGCUCACUUCAUUCUGCUCCUUGGUCAUGCAUAGCAAGUCUAAAAAGGAAGACAUGGGCUGGGGAGUUAUUUAUUCCCUAUGCUUCUACUAACUAGCCUCGAGAUCUUAACCGUUCUGUGCCUCAGUGUUCCCAUCUGUAAAAUGGGGAUAGUGUUAAUUGCCCUACCUACCUCACAGGGUUGUUGUGAGGAUAAAUUGAGACAAUGAAUGGAAAGUACUUUGAUGAGUAAGUGCUAUGCAAAUUGUAUGAAAUGGAAAUAAUCAUGUUAAAGGCAAUGGAAUGGGCAUUGGCAGAAGGGUUAAUGGGAUUGUCUAGUCCUUUCUCUGUGUGGCUUAAACCCAGGUUGCCAUUGCUUUAUACAUUUCCACUUAGCACAGAUUUGUAAUUAUGCAUGUAAUAAAGCACAGCCUUAUCCAA